CUUACAGUAACUUAGUUGAUGUCAUCAUCGAUUACGGCUCAGCCUCGCGUGCGCUCAAUAAGUCAUACACUCACGGACUACUAUUGUUAAUCCCAAACCACCAGAGUACCUACACACCCUCCCAUCCACCCAGACUCUCCAUCGAAAUGGCCCUCCAAGACUCCUGCUGCACCUGCGCCACGCUGCUCACCGACGUUAAAGUCCCCUACGACCCGGCCUCGGAGAAACCACUCCUCCACAACCGCCGCCUCGAAUGCUGCAAUCGCCAAAUCUGCGCAUUAUGCCAACACAAGAACCCACGCUUCCAAUCAUAUUGCCCCUUCUGCCAGAUCAGUUCAGGCCCGUCGGCCCUACCGAAAGAAGGCCUGCGAUUACCACCGUCAUACACCAGAACUCCAUACUCGCGGACGGAAUCCGCAUCGCCACCGCCCAGUUACGACGAAAUCACAACCCACCCACCCCGGCGGCGGGUGCGGGACGAAGAUAGAGGACCACCCGAAGAUACAGAAGAUACAAUCCACCACGUCGCCUCGGAGGACUCAUUAGCCUCACUGAGUCUCGGGUAUAAAGUCCCCGUCCCCGUACUGAGGCAAUAUAACAACUUGUACUCCGAUCAACUUCUCGUGGCGCGGAAAUGGAUCCUCAUUCCACGGAGUCACUAUGACGGUCCAGCGCUAUCAACACCGCCAGACCCAGAGGAGGAAGAACGAAAGACCAAAUUGAGACGGUGGAUGGUCGCGACCAAGUGUGCCGAUUAUAAUGUCGCCACGCUCUAUUUGAAGGGUAGUGAUUACAACUUGGACAUAGCGAUCGAGGCGUUCAAGGCGGAUGAGGAGUGGGAGAGAAAUCACCCUCUAAAGGGCAAGGGGAAGGAUACGAGGAGCCGGAUUGGGAGAGGGGGGAGUAUAUCGGGACAACUAUCGUGAUGGGGAGCAAUAGAGACAGAAUGAACGAGGAAAUGACACACACUGCGGAUUACAAGGCGUCAAUAGGGUGAAAGAGCACACUGUACAUCUGAGGUCUGCAGUGUUAACGAGCAUCACGUCGAAGGGUCUCCGCGAUCGAGUAGACGAGUCUAGAGGAUGCGAUUGAUUGAGUCUAUCC